UUACAGUAUUUCCUGUUUGAAUUCCUGGAACCACGUGAAGUUGUAUUCAAUAAACUUAUUGAGAUCUCUGUUGUUCAUGCUAAGAAAAUCUCAUUUAUGGGAACACGGCUAGGGACAUUUAAAAUUGAUGCAGGGACUGUGUAUAACCAACCAGACCACAGAUUUCUUCAGAAAUGGGCAGUUAUAACUGACCCCAAGGAUACCAGAGCUGGAAUAAAAGGCUUUGUGAAGUGCAAUUUAUCAGUGCUUUCAAGGGGAGACCCUAUGACAGCUCCUCCUUCUACCACCAGCGGGCAGAAUGAAGAUAUAGAAAAAAAUUUACUGCUUCCAAAACGAAUUCCAGCAGAAAGGCCAUGGUCAAAAUUUUGCGUGAAAAUAUACAAGGCAGAGGGAUUGCCCAGUAUGAGUUCCGGAAUUAUGGGAAGCUUCUCCAAGAUAAUGGGAGAGAAGAAAGUAUUUAUAGAUCCCUAUGUCCAGGUUACAUUUGCCGGCCAACAAGGUGAAACAGGUGUGGAAAGUGAUACAACAACACCCGAAUGGAAUGAACAAAUUAGUUUUAUUGAACAGUUCCCUCCUCUUGCCCGUAAAAUGAAAAUUCAAGUGCUAGAUGAUGCCCAUAUGGGGGAUGUUGCCCUAGCAACACAUUUUAUUGAUUUAAAGCAAAUAUCUGACCCCAGCAAACAAGUUGGUUUUAACCCAUCCUUUGGUCCUGCUUGGGUGAAUCUAUAUGGGUCUCCUCAAAACUACACAUUGAGAGAUGUCCAUCGAGAUCUCAAUGAAGGUCUUGGUGAGGGAAUCUUCUACAGAGGACGCAUUCUUAUGGCCUUAUCAGUGGAAAUAUUUAGCAACAAUGCAAUGCAAGACAAGAAACCAUUACAAGCUCUGAGAAACGCUUUCAGUAAAUUAAAGGUAAAAAAGAAGAGUAAAAAAUCCAAAGAGAAAGAAAAAGAGGCAACUGUGGAAGACAGUAAAGAUGGUGAAGAUGGAGAGAAUUCUGAGCAGCCUAAUGCUGUGACAGUGGAAGUUGAAGAUACUCAUCCAUUGCCAGAGAAUGCAUUGGGGGUGAAGGAAGAAUUCCUUUUAUUUGGUGUUUUGUUUGAGUGCACAAUGAUUGACCUCAGCAUUGGGAACAAACCAGUCAAAUUUGAGUUCUCAGUAGGGAACUAUGGCAAAGUAGCAGAAGUGAUCCCAAAAGCAUCUAAGAAGAGUGAGAAAACCACAGCAGCCAACGUAACCGAGGAGCACCAGAGUCUGUUAGACACAGGCUCAGAGGAUGAGCUGGAAAUAGAGACUGUGCCAUCAGACACUAAACAAGAGGGUGUAUCUGUUACUCCAAGUAUGCGGCCAGAGCCCACUGAAUAUGACAGUUCCUACAGCUGCAUCUCAAUGAGCAAUGAUAAACCCUGCAUAUACGUGUGGAGCUACUGGGAGGACCACAGCUGGAGACUCUGCAUCUCCAACUGGAUUGUCAAGAUAGCUGAACGGCUGGAACUUGGAAUUGAUGAAGUGGAGAAACUUUCCAGGAGACCAAAAUCCAGCCCUGAAGUUCGUCUUAAGAAGGUUUUUGAAGAAUUUGUUGCUGGUUGCAGACAAUACUCUCUCAAUGCCGGCAAAAGAACAAUGAGUCGGCCUAAUAAUCUUGACCAGUGCAGAGUAAAGGCUCUUACACACAACGUUAUCUUAAAUGCUAAGCGAGGACUAAGGGCGAGUCGGAAACUGAACAAGUUUAAUGUGAAAGAGAAGAUAAUUGAUGCCAAAAGAAUUUUAAAAAAUAUCAGAUUUUUGGCCAAAGAGCCACAGUGUACACUUCCUGAUGUGCUUAUAUGGAUGAUUAGUAAUAACAAGAGGGUGGCAUACUGCAGAAUUCCUGCUCAGAAUAUACUCUAUUCAGUGGUAGAGGAAGAGAAGGGUAAAGACUGCGGCAAGAUAUCCACAGUGUUUUUCAAGACCCCAGGUUCAUACAAUGGGCAAAUCUUUGCAAAAGCAGAAGUUUAUCUGUGGCUGGGAGUGACAAAAUAUGCCAAGAAUUGCACAUCUGAGCUCCCGGAGGAUUUCAAACCUCUAUAUGAUAGAGCAGGACAGCUGGUGGAAACUCCAACCACCAACCCUCCAAUCAAUCUCAGUCGGGAUGAUUUUUGUUACUUUCAGUUACGAGCCCAUAUCUACCAGGCCCGGGGCAUCCUACCAGCUGAUGACAAUGGCUUGUCAGACCCAUUUGCCAAAGUCAUCUUUGGUAACCAAUGCCAGACAACCAAGGUUAUUAAUGAGACCCUUGCACCUAUGUGGAAUGAACUGCUGAUAUAUGACCAUCUAGUGAUGGACGGGAAUAGGAAGGAUUUAAUCAAUGACCCUCCUAUGAUCAUAAUCAAUAUAUACGACCAGGAUAAGUUUGGAGCACCUGAGUACCUGGGCCGUGCUUUUGCUACUCCCAUUGUCACACUCCUGGAAGAUGAGGACAGUGAAGAGGGAGAGCCAAAAUAUACACAGCCAGCCCUGCAAUUUUUUGACAUUUUCAAGGGAAAUAUGGAAGCUGGUGAACUAAUAGCAACAUUUGAAUUAAUAGAACUGAAUAACAAAAAGUAUCUGGAGCCAACCAUACCUGAUUAUGUGUACCCCAAAGAACCUGAGUUUAUGGAAGAAGAGUCCGAGCGAUUCAUUAUCCCUGCAGGAAUCCGCCCAGUGCUCAAGGAAUUCAGGAUAGAGGUUCUUUUCUGGGGACUGAGAGAUUUGAAAAGGAUUAACCUCUUUGAAGUGGACCAACCACAGGUCCGUAUUGAGUGUGCUGGGAAAAAAGUAGAAUCUGAAGUUAUAUUGAACUACAAAGAAUUCCCCAAUUUUACAGAGCUGGUUAAGUCUGUGAAUGUGGAGCUUCCAGAGCAGGUUUAUCUUCACCCACCACUAAGUAUCUUUGUUGUGGAGAAACGCGCCUUUGGCCGCUCUGUAAUGGUUGGGUCCACAGUUGUCUCUCAUCUCAUGAAGUUUGCUCCUAAAGAAUUGGAAGAGAAAAAUGAAGAGGCAGAAGCCAAAAUAAAACAAAAAAAGACGAUGGCCAAGCUAACCUCAAUGCAAUCAGUUAUAAAUGUGGAAUCAGAAGAAAAGGCAACAGACAAAUUCAACCCUCUAAGCAUAGUGACGGAUCCUUUAAAGAAACUGCAAAAAAUUGUAAAGGAGGAGGAGCUGGAAGAGGAAAGGCCAGAUCCAGAAGAGUUAGAUUGGUGGUCAAAAUACUAUGAAUCUUUAAGAGAAAUCAGUGAUCAAAUUCAGGUUGGAGAUGAUGAUGAAGAUGGAGAAAAUGAAGAAACUGGUGAUGGGGGAAAUUUGAAUGCGGCCUCUCUAGAUGUGGAUGUGAAUGAGGAAUUUUGCAAUGAGGUGGAGAUAGUAAAACCAAAAAGGAAAAUGAUAGCAACACUGAAGGUCUAUAACUCAGAGCUGGAGAAUGAGUUUGAGAAUUUUGAAGACUGGCUGCAUGUAUUCUCUUUGCAUAAAGGCAAAGCAUUGGAUGAUGAAGAUGGAAAUGAUGAUGACAACUUUAUGGGAAAAUACAAGGGCUCCUUCUACAUUUAUCCUGCAGAAGAGGACACUUCAGAGUUCCAGAUAAUGAAAGGUGUGCCGCGGAACCGGCCAGUGAAGGUGCUUGUUAGAAUUUAUAUUGUUAAGGCCACUAAUUUGGCUCCAAAAGAUCCUAAUGGGAAGGCAGAUCCCUAUGUGACAGUGAAAGUGGGACAGCAAGAACAGUCUAGCAAGGACAGAUACAUUCCUAAGCAACUAAAUCCAGUGUUCGGAGAGGUAUUUGAAUUGACAAUCUCAUUCCCAGUGGAGUCGGAACUCGAAAUCUCAGUAUUUGAUCAUGACAUGGUGGGUUCUGAUGACUUGAUUGGAGAAACAAAGUUGGACCUGGAGAAUAGAUUCUACAGUAACCACCGGGCAAACUGUGGGAUUGCAUCUCAGUACGAUGUAGAUGGUUAUAAUAAAUGGCGAGAUGCAUUUAAACCCUCACAAAUCCUUAGCAGUUUGUGUAAAAAGCACACCUUGCCUAGCCCAGAAUACAGAAGUGAAGAAAUCAAGGUGAACAACAAAAUAUUUAGGAUACCAAAUGAAGCGUUUCCUGAAGAGGCUUUUCUAAAAGACAAGGACAAUCAGGAAGAUGAAGGGUUAUCUGAUUGUGAUGAUUACAAGGCCUUGUAUGUUCUGCAGCACUGGGAUGAGAUGCCAGAGUAUGGGUGCAGAUUGGUACCAGAGCACGUGGAAGUGAGAACACUUCACAACUCAGAAAACCCAGGACUUGGGCAGGGCUCCCUUCACAUGUGGAUUGAUAUGUUCCCAACUGAUGUGCCAGCUCCUCCUCCUGUAAACAUCAAACCACGUGCACCAAUCAGCUAUGAGCUUCGUCUUAUCAUUUGGAAUACAGAUGAUGUUAUUUUAGAUGAUGUAAAUCCAUUUACUGGGGCGCCAUCAAGUGAUAUCUAUGUCAAAGGAUGGAUAAGGGGUUUAGAAAAUGACAAGCAAGAGACUGAUGUGCAUUUUAACUCCUUGACCGGUGAAGGAAACUUCAACUGGAGGUUUGUAUUUCGGUUCGACUAUCUUCCCACCGAAAAAGAGAUCACAUACAAAAAGAAAGAGUCAAUCUUUUCACUGGAGGAGUCAGAAUUCAGAGAACCAGCUGUGCUUUCUCUCCAAGUGUGGGAUUAUGAUCGGAUAUCUGCCAAUGAUUUUCUAGGAUCAAUAGAGUUAAAUUUAAGUGACAUGGUGCGAGGUACUAAGGGUGCCCAGCAGUGCACUAUUAAACUGGCCAAGGACAAAGCAACCCCUCGCUUCUCUAUCUUCCGGAACAAACGUAUGAGGGGGUGGUGGCCCUUUAUUAAGCUCAAAAGUGAAGAGGAUGAGGAAAGAGAGGAGCGGGAAGCCAAAGAAAAGAAGAAGAAAAAGAAAAGGAAGAAAAAUGUGAAACCGGAAGAUGUAGAGUUUGCAGAUAGCAGUGGGAACACUUAUAUAUUGGCUGGGAAAGUGGAAGCAGAAUUCCAGCUGCUAACAGUGGAAGAAGCUGAGAAGACCCCAGUAGGUUUAGGACGAAAAGAACCUGAGCCACUGGAUAAACCAAAUCGACCCAAGACCUCCUUCAACUGGUUUGUGAAUCCCUUGAAGACAUUCGUCUUCUUCAUCUGGAAGAAAUACAAGAAGUACAUUAUAGCUCUUCUCAUUAUAGCAAUUUUGACCGUCUUCUUGGUCUUAAUUCUCUAUACAAUGCCUGGAUACAUCAGUGAGAAAAUUAUAAAUGGAUAGGAACCGUCACCUAUGGGUACAAAACCUAAAAUAUUAAACCUCAUUGGCUGCUUUUGUUAAUUAUCUACUGGGUCAGAUAUACCUAAGAACAAACAAUAAUGUCAUUGACACCCUGGUAAUUGUCUGCAUUAUUACAUUUUUUUUAUGACCGUUUGUAAACACUGUCAAUUUGUAAAAAAUGUGACUAUUACCUUCAAUCUUGGUUUAUAUUGUAGUGUUCAAAUAAGUUUUCUCUCCUCUCUCAUUACCUACUUUGGUAAAUGUAAAAAACAAAAUAAGACAACAAAUAAUAAUUUUAGUUGAAAAAACAAGCAAAAAAUACUACCUAAGAAAUAACAUAGAAAAGCCUUUUUUCCAACAAUUUCAUUUGAGAAAUUUUGCUUUAAAAAUAGAAAUAAUGAACCACACAACAGAUUAAUAUAUAAAUAUUAAUAUAAUUUUUAAAACUACAGUUAUUAUGUUACUAUUCUAUUGGUAGUAUUGAUUUAAUUUUGAAAUAUAUUACCCUUGGGUUUUUUGUUUUAUUUAAAAUAAGUUUUCAUUCAGUUGUGUAAAAUUAAAGACGGCCUAUAGAAUUCUUCCUUUUCAUCCUAGUACAACAGGAUAUUUUAAGUAAAGAUUGCUGAGCCUGUUUGACACUAAAUUGUAGAAACUAUGUUAGUUUUACCUCAAGUACAAAAUGUUUCCCGUAACUUUUUUUGCCAGCGCAAAGUACAUUUUUUAUCCAUGCAUUUCAAUCCAUCAGGUCUUCAAUACAGGGAAUAGUUUGCGACCUUUAUUGAAGAAAUUUUUUUUAUGCAAAUUAGCAUACAUUUGCAUAAAUAAUUAUACAGUAUAACACAGAAACUAAAGAUGCUAGGACUCAUUUUAAAUUAUUCCAACAGUCUUAGAUUAAUACAUUUCACCAUAUCAGGGUAUUUAUUUCUUUAUUUUUUUCAUAUUACCUACAUUGUCCUGGACCUUAAACAUACAAGUUAGCCAGUAGUUGAUGUGUGACCACUCUAGUUGGAAAUGAUGAAAGGACUCUUUUUGGAGUUAUUAUAGUUUACAGAUAUAAGGAGCUGUGAAUCUAACAGCUGCAGGUGUUAACCAAAAACAUUAACUGCCUUAGAAAAUUCUGGUUUUGCAAUAGAGGUGGAUUAAUUACUCACAUUUAUGCACUGAAGGGACAUUACAGUUCCUGCUUUAAUUUUUCUUAGGAUCGCUAUGUUUCCAGGGAGAUGCUAAGAUACUGAACAUUAUUUUCUGGCAGAGGAUAUUGUCAUAAGGAACAGCUUAGUUAAACAUAGGCCUUUGUCUUUUGCACUUAAGAAUGUAUUUUAGGAUUACUAAAUGUAGGGUAUUGCACUAUUUAUGGCAUUCACUGCAGACUUUGCAGCUAUAUUGCUCAUACAUUGUAGAACAGCUCAUAUGAGUCAAAGUGGUGGCCACUAUUAUGGAGUUCUAUGCAAUAUUGCACAUUGUGGGCUAGAUUACAAGUGGUGCUAACUGUUGCGCGCUAGCAAUAGCAGCUUUAAGUUGAAAGUAAACGCGAUGGUGAGAGCACAAACGCAUUUUACGCUUGUCGGGUUAGCUUGACUGAAAACCUGCACUACACACAACAUAAAUACUCUGAACAUUACAGUUACACUUAUAUAAACAGUAUCUGAUAAAAAAAUAUUCAUAUAAAUGUUAAAGAAAAAAGUUAUAAGUAUACAGUAUAUAUAGAUAUACUUUACAUAUAUACUUUACAUUAACAUUCUCACAUAUGUGUAUAUAUAUAUAUAUAUAUAUAUAUAUAUAUAAUUAUUUUAUUUUUUGAUGAUGAUAAAAAUUAAAAACAAUUAUAUGUAAAGAACAUAGGAAUGUAAAAUAUGCGUAACACGAUUCGGGUUUCACACUUUAGGUCUAGCGCCAUGUCAAGUAAGUGCACAUGAAAAAUGUGUCAUCUUAAAGCAUGUUCUUGAAAUAAUAAAUAUUAAAAAUAAUAGUUAUUACAAGUUAUACAUACUGUAAAAAAAUUCUAAAUAAUCCAUAUAAUAUAUAUAUUUAUUUUAGAUUAUGUAUAAUAAUUUUUAAUUAUCAUUGUUUUUUAAUGUUUUAUUUGUUAUAUUUCAACAAUAAGCUUUAAGAUGACCAAUUCUUAAAUGUAUAUAUUGAUACCUAUAUAUCUAUAGAAAUAGACAUACAGGUAAAGCUAUAUAUAUAUAUAUAUAUAUAUAUAUAUAUAUAUAUAUAUGAAUUUACAAUAUAAAUAACAUUGUCCUGUAUGUGAAGAACAUUGGAAUGUUAAAUAUUAAUAACUUCUGUUGGUUGACGGGUUAGCGUUAGGCUCUCCAUUGAAGUCUAUGGGGAGAAUUCUAGUUUUUUUUCUUCUGGGCUCUUCAUUGAAGUCUAUGGGGAGAAUAAGUUAAUGCGGUCGUGAUAUCAGAAGUUCUUUGAUAAGCACAUAUCUGGUUUUGCUAGAGCACAAACUUUUUACUUUCAAUUUGCAAUACGCAUGUUAUCCGUCGAGGAAAAAGACUACUUCUAGUGAAGUUUCCGCUCGUGUGGGAGCGCUAAAUAGCUCACCACUUGUAAUCUAGCCCUUUAUAGGUUAAUUUCAUGGUUUUAAACUAAUACAGUGUGAUGUAACAUGUAAUAAUGUGAUAUAAUGAUCCACAAAAACAAAAUGAAAAUAUUGAACAUAUAAACAUUUAUAUUUACUACAAAAAGCUUAACACGUUUUGUACAUUGACUGCUGGAUAUGUUAUCUAUGAAUUGUAAUUUUUGUUGUAUCAAUUAAACAAAUUUCAUAUAUUGCUGCCUCUUAUUUUCUAUGUAAUAUGUAAAUAUAUCUGACAUUUUAAAUAUUAAUAUAUUGUAAUAAAAUUGUUUGUUGUCUAUAAACAUAAAGAA